AGGUAGCAAAUCAUAAAAUGGCAUGCAUCAAUUUAUUUACCUUAACUGAGAUUGACCAAGAGAUUCUCAUUUCUCUUGAAGCCUCAUCAUCACUGCCAGUGCAUGAGAGCUAAUGAGGAGGGUUUCUAAUCCUCAUAUUUCCCUGUAGAAAUUGUUCAAAAUUGGCCCGAUUUCUUUUCUUACGUUGAGUAAGUAGCAUUAUCAGUGCAUCACAGUUUCAGAUACAUAUUUUCUACUUAUAGUUUCUGUACAGUUCCGUGUAGUUCCUAAAAUAAGUUUACAGUUGGCGUGAAAAUGAAACCCUUUGGUGGAAAGUUCCUAGUUUAUGUGAUCUUAGUUUUGCUUUCUGUUCUGAGCACAACUUCUGGGUUACUUCUUUCUGGAAUGUUGUUCAAUUACAUGAUUGGUUCCUAUCUUGCGAGAGGGCUGAUGUCCUCACUAAUCGCAAACAGUUUUAGAACAGUGCUGUCGACAUCCAACGUCCCUGGCAAGGAGAUAUCCACCACAAUGAUUAGUCAAAAUCAGAGUCCAAGCAGUAUCGAUACAAUGAAUGCAAUUGGAGAAUUUGUGCAAAUGCUUGGAAUUGGUGAAUAUAUGAAGGAUCUCUUUGCCGAAGACGAGUGCAAAACACGCAAGUGCAGAAAAAAGAAGAGUAAAAGGAAGCGAAAGAGGAAGGAGAGUGAAGAAGACGGUGUCACUUCAUCAGACCCCGUAUUUCAUGAUUCCGAGGAUUACUCCAAGUACAUUAUCCGGGGAAACAGGCAAGAUCCUGAAGAGAUGGCGAAUGACGAAUUGGCCGAGGACGACCCCAUGAACUUUUACUACAUCAUGAAGGACCAGCACAAGAAAAUCGCCCAGAGGAAGAGACAGGAUCAGGCCAUACAGUCUGAAACAACAUCUGAAAUUGAUGAUUUUCACCCCCCGGCAUUCUUGCCUCCUCGAGAUCGCUUACCCCCACCUCGGAUCCAACCUCCCUCAUUUUUUCGAACUAGACUACCAAUUUUUAUACGGUUCCGAAAACAAAGUGUGCCUGUGAAAAUUCAAUUUCACUGAUGACAUCGAAACAAAAUGCAAUAAUCUCAAUAUAUUCAAAAUGGAGUCAAAGUGAAAGUAAAUAUCCUGCAUGCUUGUAUUUAUAUACUGUUAGUAUAAAUCAGUAAACCUGAAAAAUUGGGAUGUUCCUUUAGUUAAAUAAUAAUAUGUAGCUACAUUUACAUAUAACGUUUAUGCCGUGUGGAUGCAACUGUUGACUGUUGGACAAUACGUGUAGUUGCCAGAGUUCAAUGUGCUUAAUUCCGUCAUUUUGUAUAAGGAUUUUGAGGCUACAUUUUUAAUAAAUCUAUUCAAAGUUCAA